GGUUUCAUGAUCCUAUUUGGCUAUAGAUUUCUUUAUGUCCAGGUGAAGACCAAACCUUUCAGUGCAACAGUUGCAGCUUCAGGUAGUUUGCAGGUGUGGAGACUGUCCCAGUUUAUUGGUCCAGGAGUAUAAGACUCAGACUUCACUAAAGGCUCAAGUGAUUUAUGUACUAAUCAUGACAGAUCGUAAAUAGUCUUUGUUGUAAAUUGGUACAAAGUACAAGGAAAGCCUAAGGGGUGGGGCCAGGUUAGUUUUAGGGUUGUCUUUUUAACUGACGUCAAAUUUAUAAAUAUAUACAUAUUUAUAACAUUGUAACAUUUAAAAAAGAGCAGGUUUCUCUGUAUAUUUGGCACAAAAAUUGGACCCUUAUCACGCAAGCCAAAGGACACAGUCAUGUGACAGAGAACCAGGGGACUGCUGAGAAGUAACGGAGUAUUAACCAGACUUCCUGAAACCAAGAGCAAGGCUGGUUUUGCAGUUUCAUUUACGGCGAAGCAAUAACCUAGAAGUUGUUACAUACUCUCACAAACGCUCAGAUACCCGGCGGCAGCAGACUUAUUCAGGUUGAUGAAGAUGGCCGGAAGCAUCGUGAGCUGCUGUGUAGCUCUGCUCCUCGUUCUGACCUCCGUGUCAGCUGCACAGACGAAGCUUAAAUCAAUCACUGAUUUGAAGAAAAUCAACUUUGCGCAAUCUGUGCCCAAGCACAGUCUUUUGCUGCUCUACUGGUUUGCCAACACAGUUGACAUUGACAACAACAACAUCGUAUCGCUGACCUUUGACCCAAACGCAGGGGAUUAUGGCUCACAUCAUUAUGGUAACUUUGAAAGACUGCUGGACCCGCUGCCUUGGGGAAACGUAUACUACACUAUUGGUAAUCUCAACCAAGAAACCUCCAUACCACUUCCUGCUUAUGUAGUCCGCCCCCCAGCAAGAGAGUACGUUGGAAGCAACAGGGACAGAAUCAUAGUUCGUGUGCGGGGGCAAAACACACUAGGGCUAGAUCUGCAGAGGAUAGAGCAGGUCUACAUCACACAGCAUUAUGUCACUUCAGAGAACCUGGGAACCGCGUAUGAUCCGCUUCACACCUACAGGAUCACCACCAACUUCUUGAGGGAGAUCAGACAGUUUUCCGUUGGACAAAACCAACAGCAACUGUUGCAACUCAGAAACAACUUUGGAAGCAACGCUGACGUUUCCUCCAUCAGAAACACAUGGGGGGACCUCGCUGGCCUCGGACUGCUGCUGUUUAUCGUGAUCCACGAAAAGUACUCCUUCAAAAGUCCCAACAACAGACCCAAAACCACGAGAAGUCCUCAGAGCAAUGCUUCGAAAAGCAACACCAACAUCCCGAGAGGUAUUCGAAACCAAGGUUAUGUUGCAAUAGAUUUCAAUCACUACGAGGACCAAAAUCACAGCUGGGCGACUAGGAACAGAGGAUCAGGCUUUGACAAUAACUCACCUCCCCGGAACAGACGGCGGAGAUGCAUUUGCAUUUGUUGUAUUGCCACAUUAUUCAUACUUUUAUUGGGUGUUAUAUUAUUUGUUUUGUAUAAAACCAAAAUGAUAUGAGAAAAAUAAUAAUGAAGUGAAAAUAAGGUGCAAGCCCGAAAAAGCAAAAAAAAAAACUGUAUAAUAAAUGAUAAUGCAAAAAUGUAAUGCACAGGUUAUAAUGCAAUGCUAGUCGCUUUGGAUAAAAGAGUCAUUUAAAAGACAUGUAAUGUAAUAAAGAUCAUCAUAGAACUGUUCAAAUAUCUGGUUACUUUGUUAUGAAAAAAGUAUUUGAACAGAGCAAAAUGCAUUUUAUUGUAUAUUAUAAUGCAGUGCUUUGAUCAUUAAGCUCCAGGCUUAAAUCAGGCAACAGAGUCAUACAAAAACAAAAUGUGCCUCCUCCAUCCCGGCUUCAAAUGGCGCUCAGCUGGUGCACAGGCACAACAGCCUGGAGACAGCUGGAAAGAGAUGCAUAGUGCACACAUUAUUUGAGUUCAAUAAAAUAAGAUUCAUACCUUAUCAUUAGACCUUGCACUUAUAAUUGAUCAGUUUGGUACCAUUUUAAGAGACUAUCAAUAGAAUGCUUAAAACUAUGAAUUGCUCAGAAUGUGAAGGUUUACCAGUCAUGAAAAAUGCAUUGUUCAAUGUACAACUGUUCAAUAUGUUGGGUUUAAAAAUAUCAGAUCAUAUAAAAUGUGUUGUGUUUAUAUUACUUCUACAAAUAAAAUGUUUGUGAUAACGAACAAACAAAUCUAAACAA